UUUUUUUUCUUCACGAAGGCGCAUCCCGUCACUUCUGCUGUCGUUGUCGUAUUUCUUCACAUGACAACUUUACGCGUAGUAUUUUUGUGUCGAGUGCAUCGUUUCGGGGCACAAUCUGCAGGAAAUUAAACACAGCUGGCAGUAGCGUUCAAAAACACCGAUGGCUGAUAAACGGCGAUCUAAGAAGCGCAAGGAUGAAUACACUGGCCCAGGAGGUGCCGAGCAGGAGCUCGAGAAAGCCACCAAGGAGGAGUACAAAGUAGCAAAAUGGUUAAAAUCUAACGUGGCCACAAAGAAAACGAAAUUUCUGAACCACAAUGUGGAGUACUUCUCCGCGGUGAGGGCCGUGGAUGCCCUGUUGGCUUCCAAAUUUGCCCAGGGCGAAAACUGCCUGUUCCCCCAUCGACAGGCCGUGAUAGAUUUCCUGGAUGAGAUGUUACAUCAUAAAUUUUUCCACCGCGCCAGAAAGGUGCCGGUCAGUGAGCAGGAACUGAGAGGAAAAGUUAAGAAGUCCACUGAAAAGGAGAAGGAAAAGUCGAAGGAUGACAAGGGAACCGAUGGUGGGGAGAGCAGCCAUGCUGAGGGCGGCAAAGGGGACAAGAUGGCAGCAGAGAAAGAGAAACGCAAACGCAAAAUUCGUCUGGAGAUGCACCCCGAACAGCUGUUUGUCGAUGGGCAUGAGGCAUAUGUUUGGUUAUACGACCCGAUUCCGAUGCAUUACUGGAUCUUCGGUGCUCUGCUGGUUGUCGGAGCGAUCGUUAUCUGUUUGUUCCCAUUGUGGCCGCCGCUGCUGCGAAAGGGGGUUUACUAUUUGAGUAUAGCCGCUGCCGGGUUUUUGGUGUUUAUCCUAGGGCUGGCAGUGCUACGAUUUGUUCUUUUCUGUUUUGUUUGGAUUCUCACCGGAGGCAAACACCAUUUCUGGCUUCUGCCAAACUUGACAGAGGAUGUAGGAUUCUUCGCCUCCUUCUGGCCCUUGUAUGAUCAUGAAUACAAAGACGGAAGCACGGAUAAGGAUAAAAGCAAGAAGAAUAAAAAACGAAAGCGCGAUAAGGAUAGUGACGCAGAGGAUGACGAACCUGGGGUUACUUUGCCACCAAAGAUUGAUGAAAUUAAGGAGCAUGAUGCAGAGCAGGUAAAAGCAGAGGAAAGCGAGCUUCGAUACCGAGGAAAAGAAACGGUAGCAGAAGAAAAGGUGGUAGAAACCACCGUCGCUAGUGAGGGGCAAGACGCUGAUCAUGGUGAAGAAGAAAAGCACACACCAUCGGAAAGCGAGUCUGAAGGAUCCCAGCGAUCAUCCACUGGCAAGGAUUUUGAGAUUGUGGAUCCCGAUGAAGUAGAGAACACGUAAGAAACAAUGUAACAGCAUACAUUAAACACACAGUGUAAUAACGAAAACAUUUAGAAAUGCACAAUAGGUGAAAAAACAAACGAAAAUAACCGCUAUGGACACCUAUUACACAGCCACUAUUAUUGUAUUUAUGUUUUUAUUUGUAUUCGACAAUUAUAGUCGCAGCAAUUGAGUGAGGGAAUAUAAAAUUAUCAAUGACCGAACUGAAACAGAGUAGCACAAUCCGGGAAAACGUGUGGAUAGAAUGCGUGCCGCCCAUCGGCUACCAAAAAGCUUAUCCAAUAAACAUUUAUGCAAAAUUGAACAAAUUUUCACUAAAAUCAUGAUAAAAACGCAGUGAACUAAACAGAUGCAGUGCUAUUUUGAUAAAAUAAAAAUGAAAAUUCAAAUUGUUCCGAUAAAAUAACAGAAAAAUCUAUGUUUGAUUGAAUGAUGAAAUGAUCGUUAAAGAAAACAAUGUUAACAUAUUUAGAAACAAUGAUUUCACAGAAACAAGACAAAAAAUGCCGCUUCGGAAAAAAUAACUUUUUUUUUAAAUUUUCCAACUUUACACAUCUAGAAGCUUACAGGUAAGCUAAAUUCGUUGUUUUUUUCUGCUUUAUUAAUUUGUAUAUUAUGAAAUUGUUGAGUAAAUUAGAAAUCUCGGGAAAGACAUGAUGUUUUUUUGGAAUGUGGAACAUGAAACAAAGGAAUGAAUUUAAAUAAACAUCUCAACAAAAAUGUAAUUGAAAAUGUUACUGUUUAGUAACGUUGAGUUAGAACUCAUAGAUUAGCAUAUAUAACUGACCAAAGA